AAUAAAAAAAAAAAAAAAAUUGGGUUUUCAAAACCUUGGUCAUAUGGUUUCCGUGAAAUGACUUAUUGGUUGCUUUUUUCAAGAAAGGUCAUAAAUUUUUUUUAUUUUUUAUUAUGGAAUACCGAUGUUAUUGAAUAAUUUUGCGGCUUCAUGUACUUAGCAGAGAAAUUGUACGAAUUGGGAUGAUACUGUUGAAUUUCCUCCCGGUGAAUAUGGUAGACAGGUUCGUUUCAUUUCUUGCCAUGUUUAGCUACAGUGAUCUGCCCAGCUAUGGGAUUCAUCAACCAGCUGAAGGCCCUUUUUUCUACAAAACACUUACUGGAAAGACUCUGGUAAUCGAUCGUGGAACUAUCAAGAAAAUUCGCUCCCAAAAGAUUAAGGUUUUCCCAGGAAUAGAGAAGAUACACAACAAUAUUGUGGAAUUCAAAAAUGGUGCCCUCCAGCGUUUCGAUGCCAUUGUGUUGGCAACUGGUUAUCGAAGCGUUGCGCACAACUGGCUCAAGGAUUAUAAGUUCAUUUUUAAUGAGGAUGACAAGCCUAAGAACAAGUAUCCAAACCACUGGAAAGGAGAAAAGGGCGUCUACUGUGUUGGAUUCACAGGGAGAGGAAUUCAAGGGAUUUCGUCGGAUUCUAAGGCUGUUGCUGAAGAUAUCUAUCAGCUUGUAAUGGCACAGAAAUCCACUUAUGCUGCAAGAAUGGUUUAGCUCGGCUCGGACCUG